AUAAUAUAUAGCCCAAGUGACAGUUUCAAAAUAGAUAAGCAAAUGGAAAAAUACUAAAUAAUUUUUAAUUUGAAAGAAAAGUUAUAUUUUUAUGUUUUACUUUUCAUAUUCCUAGAGUAAAUAGCAUAAUUUAGUCUAAAAGUUACUGUUAAAUAUGAAUUUAGCUUUAAGGCAGGUCUUGACGAGGCAAUCUUUUAGAUUAUGUGACAGAUUUGCGCACAAAAGUUUACCCAAACAGAUACCCAUAACCUCAACAUGUCCUGUUAUACAAUUAAGGAGUUAUUGUGUGCAGCGAGAGGAGGAGACUCGCAGGUUGCCGCAGCUCAUGGAAUUCCCGCCAAUAAUAUGGCCUUCCAUCAUAAAGUUCAUGAAAAAUUGGAUGUUUGCUAAUUUAAUUAUCCGGCCGUAUUUUGAACCGGAAUUUAACUUACACGAGUUUAUUGAGGCUUCCAAGCAUGCAGUUCAGGUUGUUUCAGAUGGGUUACAAAAGAGUGAUUUCAAGUCUUUAGAAGGCCUAGUCGAUAAGGAUGCCAUAGCGGCGUUAAAGACUGCUGUAUCAAAGCUAUCCGUUACUCAACGGCAACUGUUGUCUAUUGAAAAAGAUGAUAUAUUUUAUGCUUUUCCUUACCAGGUUGGAAUUAUGUUUGACGAUUCGGAAAAGCGGUGGGUAGAGAUCACGAUGUGCUACCAUGUUAUGAGAGGCCUCAAGCAUAUGAAAGAGACUGGUGAUCUACCUCCAAUAUCAUUAGGUGUACAACCAGAGUACCAAGACAAGAUAUUCAUAUUAAACUACAGGUUUAUUCGGGAGUUUACUAAAGGCGUUGAGGACAAUUGGUGCGUGAAUAUAGUGAAUCAUUUCCAACCCCAAUCGCUCAUGAAGAAUUAGAAAGUGCUUGUUUCUGGGAUAUGAAGCUUCAGUCAGUGUAAAAUAAAUGCAGUUAUUGUUUUAAA